AUGACGAAGCGGCAGAUCUUCCGCGAGCAAGUGCUGCCGCAGCGCGGCGGCAAGAUCCCCGAGGAGGCGUUCCGCGUGGACCGGCUGGCGCUGAACCGCCUCAACAAGGACGGCAUCGCGGUGCCCGACGGCGUGCUCCUGGACGCCCGGCGCCGCGCGCAGCACCACCCGCGCCACAACUCCGACCUCGAGCGCUCCGUCGUGCUGGUGACGCCCGACGGGCGGUACGCGGCGCCCGAGGGCAGGCUGCGGCCGCAGCGGCCGCUCACCGUCGACUCCACCUACAUCAUUCGGCCGCCCAUCGGCUCGCACCACCGCCCGCCGCCCGUGGUGGGGCGCCCGCUGCCCGGCCCGCCGCUGCACAUCCCACGCUCAAGCUCCGGGGGCCGUCGCAGCCGCAGCACUCAGCCCUACCAGCAAGCCCCCACGCACAAGCCGCACCAGCAGCCGCAACCAAGCAAGCCCCACCAGCAGCCCCACCAGCUGCAGCUGUACGCCCCGCAACAUCAGGGACCAGCCACGCUGCCAGCCUCGCUCUCCGCCCUCCCGCCCGCCACCUCCUUCCAGGACAGCUUCAACGGGCUUUUCCCCACGGCGGGCUUGGACGACUUCGACCUGCUGGUGGCGCAGCUGAACGCGCGGGCGGAGCGGGAGGCGGCGCGAAUCGGGCCGCACAGCCGCCUCGCCGCAGGCAUGGCGCGCGCCGACCCCGGCCCGGCGCCCUGGCAACACGCGAGUGCGGGCCGCCCCCGCCGCCGCACGCGCCGCCGCGCCUCCUCGCAGACCCCACUCGCUGCC